UUGGUGUUGGUUGUCGUUUUCCUGGAGCUGAUAAUGUUGACGAGUUUUGGAGGGUACUACGUAAUGGCGAAAAUCACGUGAUAGACGUUCCACCAAACCGUUGGAAUUUAGAAGCAUUUUACGAUCCUGAUCCUACACUAGCUGGAAAAACACACGUUAGACGAGCAGGUUUUGUUGAGGGUCACGACAAAUGGGAUUUUAAACUGUAUGGCGUCAAUGAAUUUGAAGCUCGUAAAAUGGACCCGCAACACAAGUUUGUAUUAGACGGUAUUUUUAUGGCUUUAGAGAAUGCUGGCAUAAGUAAACAGCAAACAAGUGGAUCUAACACGGGAGUAUAUAUCGGUAUGACUACCUCUGAUUAUGCCAAAAUUUUCUCUACCGUUGCCGAGGAAAGCGAUAAUUAUACAUUGACUGGUACCAGUAAUAGUAUUGUAGCUGCCCGGGUGUCGUAUGUGUUCAAUUGGACCGGUCCAUCAAUGAUGAUAGACACCGCCUGUUCAUCAUCUCUGGUUGCUGUCCAUCUAGCUUGUCAAGCUUUACGAUCAGGAGAAUGUGAUAUGGCUAUAGCAGGUGGGGUCAACUCACUGAUGACACCAGAUAUAUUUAUACAACUAAGUAAAGCUGGUAUGAUAUCGCCUACGGGAAAAUGUCAGGCUUUCUCUGAAAAUGCUGAUGGAUACGCCAGGGGUGAAGGGUGUGGCAUUAUUAUCUUAAAACCACUAGAACAGGCUUUGAAAGAUAAUGAUCCUAUCUGGGGGACUAUUGUUACAGCUGUCAACCAUGAUGGCCAAACAGUCACACCAAUCACAGCACCAUCUCCCCAGCAACAAGAAUCACUACUCGACAUAGUGUUUGACAGAUAUAGAAUUAAUCCAGAAUCAGUAGACUAUAUCGAAGCACACGGGACCGGAACCAAAGCAGGUGAUCCAGUAGAAGUAACAGCUCUUGGUAAAUUCUUUCAGAAAGAUACAAAUUCCAAACAGAGACUAAUAGGAUCUGUAAAAACUAACAUUGGACAUCUAGAAUCGGGUGCUGGUGUAGCUGGUCUAAUUAAAGUUUUACUGAUGCAUAAACAUCGGGAAAUCGUCCCAUCCCUCCAUUUUGAUAAACCCAGUGAGAAUGUUCCUCUUGAUAAAUAUAACCUGAAGGUACCAACAGAAGUUCAGCCCUGGCCCAAAACCGAUAAUGGGUAUAUGCGAUCUUGUGUAAAUAGUUUUGGUUUCGGUGGUACUAACAGCCAUGCUAUUAUCACAACCCACAUGAACCCGUCAAAUGAAUUAGAAAAUUAUGACACCUCAACAUCUCAAUUACCCAGGAUUGUUUGCUUGUCGGCACGUGAUCUCUCCUCCUUACAUAUGAUCAAAUCGGUUUUCUGCGAAACCGGAGAAGCUUAUAAAAUUGAGGAUGUUUCGUAUACCACUAUGUAUAGACGAAACCAUUUCCCGUUUCGUGUUGCUGUCGUUGGCACUAACAUGAAACAAAUUAUUCAAAAAUUGAAAGAAAUUGACUUAGAACACACAAACAGAACAGAUCCUCUUUCUAAGAAGAAGAAAAUUAUUUUGGUCUUCGCUGGAAUGGGAACAAACUGGAAAGGAAUGUGCUGCAGCAUCUCUAUAUGA